GUACCAUCUGCUGCAUCUGAACUGUACACAUCAGAGAUUUAUAUGGGUUCAUCAGCAAACCUUCUCCAGGCACCGGUACCACCCUUCUGUUUGCUCUCUGUACAUAUCAUACGAAUAAGAAAUCUCUGGCAAGCAGAUGUGUUAAGCCAAAGUGAUUGUUACGUAAGUUUGAGGUUACCAACGGCUUCUUUUCAUGAUGUUCGGACAAAAACCAUCUCAAAUUGCGUAAAUCCAAUCUGGAAUGAAACUUUCUUCUUUAGGAUUCAGAAUAUGACUAAGAAUGUACUCGAAAUGAAAGUCUGUGAUGACGAUAGACCCUUCAGAGAUGACCAGCUUUGCACCAUCCUUUUUGACAUAGCUCAACUCCAACCUGGACAAACAGUUUGCAGACAUUUUGAACUGACUCAACAGAAAGAUGAGCUGCUAGAAGUGGAGUUUACUUUGGAACAGUUGCUCGGGAACUUUCCUGCUUAAAAGUAGAAGUGGAUGGAAAAGAAAGGUGGACAUUGUGCAGAAGGUGCCCCUUAGUAUUUACUGUAAAAGGAUCCUAUGAAGAUGUUUGCAACAUUUUACCGAAAUUGCAGGCUCCACCAAAUUCCGCAGUGUUCCACUAUGCCAAGUACUGUUGCCCUGAAAUGGAGGUGGCAUUACCAAAGAACUGCUCCUCCUGCGUGAGUGACUGUCA